GCCCGAGGCGGGCGGCCAUGGCAGUGGGCGGGCCGGGGCGGCUCCUCCCGGCUGGCGGCGGCGAAGAUGGCAGAUUUCCUGAAGGGGCUCCCGGUGUACAACAAGAGCAACUUCAGCAGGUUCCAUGCGGAUUCCGUCUGCAAGGCUUCCAACCGCCGGCCCUCGGUGUACCUGCCCACCAGAGAAUUCCCCUCGGAGCAGAUUAUCGUGACAGAGAAGACGAACAUCCUCCUGCGCUACCUCCACCAGCAGUGGGACAAAAAGAAUGCGGCCAAGAAGCGGGACCAGGAGCAGGGGGAGCUGGAGGGGGAGAACUCGGCUCCGCCGCGGAAGAUCGCCCGGACCGGCAGCCAGGACAUGACCGAGGACACUUAAAAACCCCGGGAAUCCGGGAAUUCCCAAGGCUCUUCCCGCUUUUUGCGCCUCCCCCACCCCCGCCCCGCCCCGCCGGGAAUUCCCGGGAUCCGCCCUAUUUAUUUGGGAUUUGCCUCGUUCCCGCUUCCUGUUUUGUAUUUAUGGAAUUUCUAUGGAGAGGGAGAGUUCAUCCUUAGGGGCCCUUAGCCCCGGAAUUCCUGUUUUUCCUGGGAUUCCUGGGUGCUGUUCCCCGGGAUAGCCCAGAAUUCCUCAUGCCCGGAAUUCCCGUUUUUCCUGGGAUUUGCUCCUGAGAUCUCAUUCCCAGAAAUCCACUUUCCCUGGGAUUACUUGGAUCUGACCCUGUGAUAUCCCAGAAUUCCUUAUUCCCAAAAAUCCCCUUUUCCUGCCAUUUAUUCCCUUCCCUGAGUUCCCUUUUUCCUGGGAUUCCUUGGAUCUGCUCCUUGUGAAAUUCCAGGAUAACUUUUUUUAUUUUUUCCACCCCAAAAUUCCACUUUCUUUGGGAUCUCCUCCCUUCCCAAAAACCCCCUUUUCCCGGGAUUCCCCACAUCCCCUCCCUGUAAAAUUCCAGGAUUUUUUUUCCCUUCACUUCUCCCUGGAGAAAUUCCCAGGAAUCCUUUGGAUAUUCCCAACCCAACCACGACUCUGAGGCCUUUCCCGUUUUUCCAGAAAAUUCCCAACCCCUUCCCGGGCUCCCAUCAUGGCCGGAGCCGAUCCCUGGGAAUUUGCAUCCCGGGAUUUUUUUGGGGCUGGAUCCAGGGAUUUUUUUCCCCCACCCUCUGGCAAAGCCACCACCGUCGAUCCUUAAAUCCCGAUUUUUUCCCCCGGGAACGGCCGGAUCCUCUCCGAGGGACCGCUCGGAAUUCCCAGGGCACGGAGCCGGGAGCGGACUGGGAGCGGCUCUGGGCCCGGAUCCGGGAGAAUCCCGGCUGGAAUUGGGGAAUCCAGGCUGGAAUUCCGGGAAUGCGGAGCCCAUCCUCGCUGGGACUGAGACGAUUCCCAGCCAGAGCCUCGGCGUUCCUGGAGAACCUCGGCAAAGGACGAGAUUAUCCCAAAAUUCCAGCUGCUUUUCCACGGGGAGCCCCUUCCCGUGGGAAUCCCGCGGUUCGGAGCCGUCCUCCCUCCCCUGGCUGGCAAAUCCGCAGGGAUUUUUCCAGGAGAUUCCCAAAACAAAUUCCCGGCUCUGACUCUGGGAGGGUUCCUGCCGCCCCUUCUCCCGGGAAAUCCCGGACCCGCCCUCGGAAUUCCGGGCUGGGAAGGGCCAGAAUUCCUCCAGAAGCUCGGGAGGAGCAGGACGCGGCUCCCGUCGGAAUUCCCGGAAUUUGGGACUGGAAUUCAAUCCAGAACUUUGGCUCUGCCUCCGUUUUUCCCGUUGUUUUUUGGGUUUUUUUUUUGGUUUUUGUUUGGUUGGUUUUUUUAUGGAAGCGACUUCAGAAUUCCUGGAAUGCGGUGUUGGGGGGGGUGGGAGGGGAGGGGAAGGAGAAGCGGAAUUCCCGGGAUUUUGGUUUUAGUGGGAUUUCCAGCUGGAAAACUCCGGGAGGAGCCGGAUUUGAGGAAUCUCCGGAAGGAAUUCCGGGACUCCAGGAGAGGAGGGCGGAUCCCGGGGCUCCAGAGGCUCGGGAAUGUUGUUCAUUAAAGAGUUGGCACUUCCUGCUGGAA